UGAAUUCAUUAACCAGAGGAAACUGGUGUAUAAAAAAUAUACUUCUUAUUAGAAUUACUUGGUAACACUGAUCCCAAUAAACGAAACAGCUGAGUAAAACUUUUUGACAUUUCCUUAUCUCGAAUAAAUUCAUUGUUUAAUAAAUUUAUCGGACAUCACUUUAUUUGCAAAACGUUAAGUUGACAAACAUUCUGCAAGUAGCAAGUUAAAUAUUUACUAGUACAACGGAUCCUGUAUUACGCGAGAUGAAGCCAACACCGGCUGCCGAUGAAAUGUUCAGCACGGAUAUGGAAGAGUCGGGUAGCUCCUCAGGUCUACUCAUCGAUUUGCCAACUAAUGAGAAGCAGGUGCAUGCCGACUUCUACAAUGAUUUCGAGGAUUUAUUUGAUGAUGAUGAUGAUGUGCCAGUGAACACUAGUGGUUAACUCGAUAUCAAAACAUGCAUUUUGGAAAUUAUGUUAAAUACCUAUAAGUAAAUACUUUUAAUUAAUAAAACUACAUUCAUUUAAAUUUUCAA